AUGAGUGGGUCGAAAAGAAUUUGCUUCUGCUCCUGCUUCCGUGACUUGAACUUCCUAUUGCCCCCUUUUUCAUCAUCAUCCCGCUUUCAAUGCACCCAUCAGCAACAAUUGGAGGAAUGGCGACCGGGCUCGAACAUUUGGCAAGGGGUGGACACGGUGUCGGGCAAGAGACGCUUCCUGUGCGGCUUUUGCAGAAAUUACACGAGUCUCAAUUCGCACAACGUCGUUGUGCACACUCGGUGGCACACCGGGGAACGACCGUUCUCCUGUCCAGCCUGCAACAAAGCGUAUGUGCAGAAGCAGACACUGCUUGUGCACGUCAAGAACUGCCACCCGGACGUGUUCCCGCUCAUGACUGGACCCGCCAGAUUAUAA